UUCAUCACUUUUAAACAUCAAAUACCAUAUAUGUAUUGUCAAGCUCUUCAGAUUCACAGUGCCCUGUGAGUGCAUAGUGGAAGAAGCAAAAUGUGGUGGUUUGGCAGAAAAGGCCCAUCUGGGUUCUCUUAUUUUUCUACUGCUGAAGAAGUCACCCAUGGAAUCGAUGGCUCUGGUCUCACUGCCAUUGUUACAGGAGCAUCAAGUGGCAUUGGUGCUGAAACAGCCCGUGUUCUUGCACUGCGUGGCGUCAACGUCGUAAUGGGUGUCAGGAAUAUGGCUGCAGGCAAACAAGUUAAAGAAGCUAUAGCAAGGGAAAUUCCUGCUGCUAAGAUCGAUGCCAUGGAGUUGGAUCUCAGCUCAAUGGCAUCAGUGAGAAAAUUUGCAGCAGACUUCACUUCCUCACGGCGUCCAUUGAAUCUUUUAAUUAACAAUGCAGGAAUAAUGGCCACUCCCUUUACGCUGUCCAAGGACAACAUUGAGCUCCAAUUUGCCACAAACCACAUAGGUCAUUUUCUGCUGACAAAUCUGUUGUUGGACACAAUGAAGAAAACAUCACAAAAAGCCAAAAGAGAGGGAAGAAUUGUAAAUGUUUCAUCAGAGGCUCACCGGUCCCCAAUCUCAUAUCGUGGAGGAAUUCGUUUUGAUAGAGUAAAUGAUCUGGCAGGGUACAGCGGACUAGCUGCCUAUGGCCAAUCAAAGUUAGCUAAUAUAUUGCAUGCUAAUGAGCUCACCAGACGUUUAAAGGAAGAUGGGGCAGAAAUAACUGCAAAUUCACUUCAUCCCGGCAUUGUCGCCACCAAUCUCUUCCGUACUCAAGGCUUUGCCAAUGGCUUUGUUAACAAGCUCGGCAAAUUUGUCAUCAAGAAUGUUCAGCAGGGGGCCUCGACGACAUGCUAUGUGGCAUUGCAUCCUCAAGUGAAGGGAAUAAGUGGGGAAUAUUUUGUGAACAGCAACUUGGGCAAAGCAAGUGAACAAGCUAACAAUCUUGAGCUGGCAAAGAAGCUCUGGGAUUUCAGCAUGAAUUUGAUAAAAAUCCACACUAUCACAGUGAAAUGAGCGUAGAAAUUUACAAAUUUCCUCUGUUGGAUUAUCUCCCAUCACUUUUGGGUGUAAAAGAGGAAUACAAAUUUACAACACCUGCUUCUUGUUUGGGGGAAAGAGGAAUCAUGUUAGAGACUUGAGAAAAUGCUUCUCGAUUUGAUGUCCAGAGCCAAGGUGGUUAGCUGCUCGUUUUGCUGUCACGAAAAUCACUUCUAUAUAAAAUAGUAUUUUUAUUAUUAAUGGAAAAAAGAUUGUGUAAGAAUUAUUUUUGUGAAAAAACAAUUUACUCUUCAAUGAUGGAACAAAUUAUCAGAGAAACA